AUGAGUGGCUUAUAUAGAUAUAUAAGUAGAUCAACUACAUUUUCUAGUUUAAACUUAAAAUGUUCAAUUACACAAUUGUCAUUACCUUUUAAAUAUAGUAGUAUUAAUAAUAGCAAUGUUGGUGUUAAUAAUAAUAAUAUAGUAAAUACAAGUAGUUUAUUUAAUAAUAGAUAUAGUAAUAAUAUAGGUACUUUUAAUAAUAAUAAUAAUAAUAAUAAUAAUAAUAGUUUUAACAACACUUAUUGUACAAAAUCAGAUUUCAAUAAUAUAAGAGUAAAAAAUAAUAAAGAUGGUUCGGUAUCGAUUGAUGAACUAUUUCACAAAGAACAAAACAGAUUUUGGAGAAAGAUUAAAGAUAGAGUGGAAGAACCUCUGUGGAAAGCCAUUCAAGAUACAGAUUGGGUAAAGCCAACCGAUAUUCAAACUGCAAUCAUUCCACAUAUACUAGAUAACAGAAACGUACUGGCAUCUUCAAAGACUGGAAAUGGAAAGACUGCUGCAUAUUCAAUUCCACUACUACAUAUUGUCAAUACAGUAAAACAAAACAUCAUAAAUAAUAAUAUAAAUAAAGAAGAUAAUAAUCAACAACAAAAAGAAGAUAAAGAAGUAGAUGCAGAAGAAGAAGAAGAGGAAAAUGGUCAGGCGGAAGUAGUUAUUCAAACAACAACAACAAAAUUAAAAAUCCCAAUUAUUAAUACAAAAGAGUUGAAUCGAUUUGAUCCAAUUGGAUUGGUUAUUGUUCCAAGUAAAGAGUUGGCCAUUCAGGUGACAGAACACAUUGAACAACUCUCAAAGUAUAUGGAUGGCAUUAGGAUUGUAAAUAUAUUCGGUGGAGUCGGUGAGUUCACUCAGGAGAAAAAGAUAAAGAGCGGUGUCGAUAUUUUAGUUGGAACUACAGGUGCCAUUCUACAGCAACUCAGUAAAGGUAAUCUCAGUCUGCGUCAAGUGCACAUGACGGUACUCGAUGAAUUCGAUAAACUCUUCAACUAUGGAUUCUUCCCGGAUGUCAAACAGAUAUUCGAUUCGAUGCCACUCAUCGCUCAUAAAAACAGAAAUGGAAUGCAAACUGCUUUGUUCUCUGCAACCAUCAACUUUGAGAAACACAAUGACCUAAUAACGCGUUUCUCACCAUAUCACAUCAUGGAGAAUUUCAACAAAGAUCUACAACCACCAAAAGAAGUUCGUCAACACUUCUACCUGAUAGAUCAUCGUAAGAAACGUAGUUUACUUUUAUAUUUCUUUAGAAGAGGUGGAAAAACAUCUUUAAAGAAUUCAAAAGUAUUGAUAUUUGCAAGAACACAACAAAGAGUUGAUAAUUUAGUUAAAUCGUUGGGAGAGGAAGGUAUUAAGGCAUUACCAAUUCAUGCUGAUAUGUCGCUAGCAAAGAGAGUGGAAACGGUACAACAAUUCAAAGAUGGUAAUGAAUUCCAGGUGAUUGUUGCAACCGAUGUUAUGGCACGUGGUAUCGAUAUCGAAGAUUUGGAUGCUGUUGUCAACUUUGACGUUCCUCACGUAUCGGAGGACUAUGUUCAUCGUGUCGGUAGAGUAGGUCGUCAAGGAAAAGAGGGAUUCUCACUCAGCUUCGUAUCGAAAGAGAAGUUGGUAUUUGAAGUUGGUCAGCGUGUCGUUGGACUGAAUGAACAACAUCUCAUUAAGAACAUUGAGAAGCUCUUGUCGAAACAGAUAAACUACUCAAAGAUACCUGGACCAUGGAAAGAAGAUGAUGUUGCUGACGGUAGUGAAGAGGAGGAAGGCCAUGUCGAUGGUGAAAGUGAACCACUCGUUGAUAAGGUUGACGAUGAAAAGAGACAUCAAGAUCGAUUGGAAAGAAAGUCGGUACUACAGAUACUCCUAAAGAGAAACAUGCUGGAGAAGAUCGAUGGACCUAUGACUAGACAAGGACUGCCAAGAGUUAGAAUCAAUCCCAAUGCCAAGAUAUCGAAUCGUAUGUUGGCAAAGUUGAAGAUCGAUAGGAAAGGAGAGAUUGUCGAGCUGCCACCACUCACUGACUUUGGUGAUGGUAGAUACGAAGAAGUUGUCAGCCAAUUCGAUAAGCAAUCGGCAAGAUCCAAAGGUGUUGGAAUACGUCCAGCCAACAAAAAGGUAUUUGCGCCAUCAAAGAUCAUGACAAAGCGACAGGAAAAGAAGAAUAUCAAAGAUAGUAUAUUUAACUCAAAGUUCAACAACACAAAUGAUAACAGUGAUUUAGAUCAUCAAUAA